CUCAAUUUUUCAAGUGGGCCUUUUCCUUCGUCUUCUCUUUCCUCUUAUCGAUUCUUCUUCUCUGAUUUUUUUUUUCUCUCCAACCUCUGCCUCAAGCCCUUGGUUCUUCUUCUACUCGCUCUGGCCUCUUUCUCUCCAUUACAUUUCAUUAUACAAGUUUUUUCCUUCUUCACCGUGUUGAUGGCGAAUUCUCUGAGCUUAAUCUCCACAAACUUGAACAGCUUAGUCCAUAACCAUCAAUGUCACAGUUUCAGAACAUUGGUCUCGCCGUCUAAAUGUAAGAGGAGAUUCGCAAGAAGCAUUAGAGCUGUGCAAGAAACCGAAGGUCCAAGAAGACUAAUCGACAUCAUAAGGACAGUUCCUGAAAUCUCAAGAAGUUACUUCAAGAAGCCAUCAAGAAGAACCCUUUUCGGAGGGAUCUCGUUGUUAGGUGGGUUCUAUGUGGCACAGACUAUCUCUCUGUCUUUUGGAGCUUUGGGGGUGAACGAUGUUAUCGCUGCGGUUCUAUGCGUUCUUUUAACAGAGUAUGUGACAAGAUUCUACUAUAGCCGCACCACGGUGACGUUUCCCAUCGCUCUGCUUAAUAAUUUCAAGAUGGGUUUCACUUAUGGUCUCUUCAUUGAUGCCUUCAAGCUUGCUAGCUAAGUUCUUUUUGCAAGUUUGCAUGUUUUUGAGUAAAUGUAAAGAUAUAAGUGCAGGUUUUGGAAUACUAUAAGAGCUCCAUUUAGUGUUUGCGUUUGCUUUAUUGUUUUCUAAAUAUUAAAACACAAAUGUAGAAGUUAGCGUUUGAAGUUUGAAUAAUGAGAAGUGAACAAUUUUUUGAAA